AUGCUGUGGUACACGAGAUUCCAGUAUUCAAACAAGAAUCCUUGGCAGUUGAGCUUCUAUGAUACCCAGAGGUCACCUAGAUCAAGUCCCCUGACUAUGGAUCAACUUCUGUCACAAUUUGUCCGCCUGAGCCUUCCUCACUCAGCUGACAGUGAACCUGGAUCAUCACCAGACAACCUGAUUGAUCUGGAUGAUAGACUGGAUGAAAAACACAACACAGAACCUCUCAGUGAAGAUUGA